CUCUAUAGGAUCACCAGAAUAAUCUUUUAUUACUCAAAUCUUUCUCUCUGUUACCAUGGCAGUGGACCGUUUGGUUCUUGUGAUCAUUAAGUCUCCAUGCCCCACCGCAAUAAUGAAUGGACCGUUGGGAAUGAUAGGUUCCUUUUGGAGUCCCUAGAUUACCAUAACUGUACCUAGACCGUUUCUCUUUCCCUCUUCCCUUCUAUAUAUAUGGUUUUUUUCUUUUCCUCCUCACUUCUCCUAGCGAUCCAUACUUCCUUGCCUUCAUAUUAUCUAUCUCGACCCCAUCUUCUCUCGUAUCUCUUUCGGUCAAGAUGAACAAAGCUAUGUCCAAGGCCACCAAGUUCUUUAAUGGCGGCAAGAAGUCUAAAGAGGAGGAAAAUGUCUCCUCCAUCAUUGAGGCUCAACUGAGGGAGAUGAGGAGGACGAUCCCCCUAGGCUACGAGGUCCGUCCCGCUGACGGGACCACUUUAGAGACGAACCAUAACCUUUCCCGUCGCCUUAUCGUCCACUACGAUUCGGUCAAGAGGGGAUGACGUUUUCCCAUCCCUCCCUUGUUGGUGGGAAUUUGCAACCGUUACUCCAUUCCCUCUCGCCAAAUCUCUUCCAACUCCUAUGAAUCUAUCUUCUGCUUUUUGGCUCGAUGCCACAAAAAGGGUAUCGAGCCUAGCCUGGACCUUUUCUUUUCCCCUCUCUCUUCCGCCCUCACAAGUAUGACCGUGAUGGGGGCAGGGCUUCGUGAGCUUCACGGCUCGGACGCACAUGCAUUUACUCGAAAGCCUGUGUGACAAGAUAGACGAUUGGUUCUGCCGCUUCUUUGUGGCGAUGGCCUCCGAGGAUCUUCCUUUUCCCAAUGUGUGGAGGAAAAAGGAAGAUAAAUUCCUGACUUACACCUUUCCUCUACGCUCUCCCGCCUUUGAGGAUAUCUUCACACUCCUCCUCAAGAACGGCCACCCGGUUCCCCGCAACCUCCUUUUCAAGAACUGUUACUUCCAGGGUCUUGGGUUUUGGGUGCACCCCGAUGCUUCCCUUCAAACAAUAUCAGGGAACACCGUUUCUUCGUGGGCUCCUCCACCCAAGACCACACGGCUCCGUCGGGGAUCCCGACGAUCCUCCGGGAGAGAUCCCUCUCUAGAGGAGGAUAUUGAAGGAGAAGAGAUUGGGACCGCCACUGGAGACCCAUCCCUUCAACUUGCUCUCCAGGCAGUCCAGCAUGAUGAGGAGGUGGAUGACUCUGAGAACGACGACAACCUUUAUUAUUUUUCUCCUCGGCUCUUAGGGGACCCAAUUUUAUCCUAGGAGUGCCACAAAUCCCUCUCUUUGGCGGCAGCGGCGGGGGGGGGGGUUCUUCUUCUCCUCAUCCUGCUGGUUCGAUGGGUUCUCAUCCCCAUGCGAAUGGGAUCUAUCCCAUUGGUCGGGCCACUCGUUCUUAGGAGUCCCUUGAACUUCCCCACGUUCAAUGGGACGGCCUUGGGCUCCAUUGCAGCCCGGAAUCUUCUUGGCACUUCCCCCCCCCCCUCCGGCUAUGGUGAGGAAGAUGUCAUAUCUCAGCUCCGUCCACCGACUUCCCAAAACUUUGCAAAAUCAGCAGCAGAGAGCAUCUUUGGACUGCCGAUUGUCCUCUUUCCCUGGAUCGAACAUCGAGCGGUCCUUCCGGGAGGCCGUAGAGCUUAUUCGGUCCUCCAGCUUCCAGCAAACCAAUGUCCGCCCACGGGUCCCUCCCCUUGCUACUCUCGGUCCAACAUAUGAGACGUGGUCUUCAUCUUCUCAGGCUCGCCGUAAGCGAGUCCGGAGUUCCACCCCUCCCCAAGGCUCGGGAGAGUCGGCCAGCGUGGCCAUAAGGACCGCUGGGGAUGAGCCUCCCACCAGGACACGAAGUUUGCCGGUUUGCCUUACCCUUACGUUCGCGAGGCCCAUCUCUUUGAGGACUACCCGGCUUGGGCCGGAAGGGACUUCCAACAUCGCCUCGGCGAGAUGUAUCAAUUCCGGAAGGUUCACCCCGAUGUGGUCCAAAGUCCUGCUUGGCUCUUUAUGCUAGAGGAAUAUACUCGCAUGUUCGAGUAUAUCACUACCUCAGCCACUCAGCGCAAUUCCCUCCAUCUCCUGGAUCGCAAUGCCGUCUUGUCCCAAGAAUUGGGUGACCUCUGGUCCUGCCACUCUAUCUGUGUCGAGCAUCCGGAGUACGAUCGAGUUUUGUCUGAGAACGAUCGCCUCACGACCAAGAACAAGCAGCUAUGAGAAAGUCGAGUCGCGGAUGUGGAAGAGAUGAAGGCGGCUAGGGAUCAGGCAGUUCUGCAGUGCUUGGAGCGUGAGCGGGCGACCCGAGAAGAGGUCGUUCUCCACCUACGCCAAGCGGAAGAGGAGCUUGAGCGUAAAUGGCGUCAACAAGCAAGUGAGGCAGCGCGGAAAGCAGCGGAGGAGACCGAGCAGAGAUGGCGCCUUCGUUCUGAGGAGGUGGAGCGUCAACUUUCUCUGUAGGCGGAGGAGCUUAACUUAGCUCUUAUCGAGGAGAGAAGCUCUGCUCACAACUCGCUUGAGGAGGCCCGUCGUUCACUUGAGACCGAGCGCCUUACUUAUGAGGGGCACAAAGCUCGUAUGGAGGCGGAGCGCUUUUUUUAUUACGGCCGGGGCUUCUACCGUGGCGGGCUGUCCUAGCAGAAUGAAUUCUAUGUUGGUAUAGAGCCCUAUUUUGAUGGCUUAGAUCCAUUGGUGAAGCUUCCUGGUGUUCCUGAACCCAUGGGACAAGAGCCAUCUCAGUUCCGUCCUCCAUCGCGCUAAUUCUUGGCGGCUCGUCUUCAAACAGCUCCGUCCUCCAUCUUGCAGGCUUAUUAUGGACCGGUCCUCCAUUUAUUUUUUUAGAUAUGUAAUCCCUUGGACCGAUGAAUGGAAUUAUAGUUUGAUUGAUACAUGCCUUUCAUAUAAAAAUGUUACACUCAUCACACUUUUAAUCAAUGAAAAAGAAAUAAAUCAAGACAAUCCGA